UUUUUCUUAGGCCUAGUUUACAUUAAGUUUAGGCUUAUGUGUGUCCUUAAUAAUUAACUUAUGUGCUUGUUAUUUGUGUAGACUCUACAACCCAAAUAUUGUCUGAAGUCAUGAAUGAGUAAUUAAAUUUGUAAGUUAGGGUACUCCUUCUUUAGCCUUGCCGAGUUUAAAUGAUGAAGUUUUGUAGGCUUAGCGUAAGCUUCAAAGCUUACUUUAGAGAAAGUAAAUUUAAGCACAGAGCAGUAUAAGACUUUUAAUAGGCCCUAACUAUGGGGAAAGUGACGAGGGUGAUUGUAUGUGGUAUGAAGAGUGUUGGAAAAACAGCGAUUUUGGAACAAGCGAUCUACGGAAACUACUCAAAAGAUUCAUUUCUUCAAGCCACAAUAGAGGAUAUCUACGUGGCGUGUGUGGAAACAGAGCGGGGGACAAAGGAGAAGGUCCGUUUCUACGACACUGCGGGACUAGAGAAAGUGUCUGAUGCACGCCAAGCGUGUCAGUUGUGGCAAGCCGACGGCUAUGUCAUGGUGUACGACACGUCGCGACCAGAGACGCUUGACCUGCUAGUCCAACUCAAAAAGGAGAUUGAUAAGAAUAAGGAGAAGAAAGAGGUAGUUUUCGUAAUCCUCGGCCACAACAUCAAGACAGUCGAGUCGCCAGUCCCGUUGGAAAGUCCGGCGAGCAAAGCGUCUCAUUGGUCGAUCAGAGAGAAGAUUCGGCACUUUGAGGUGAAUGCUUUGGACAGAGCGACCUUGUUCGAACCGUUCAUUCAUCUGAGUUCCAAGUUGAAUCAGCCGCCCAACAAGAGCGGGUUUCAUCAACUCAGCAUCACCCGCAAGUCCGUCAAGGCCUCGGAUAGCUGAGGGCAGGCCAAGUUUUACAUAUCCAGCUGUGACGAGCACGACUGCUCACAUACCACUUAACAUGGACUACAGUGUAAAAUUUCAAGGACAAAAACUAAGUAUUACAUUGACUGCCUUUGACUUGUGUCUGCAAGUAAGUCUAACAUAUGUUUGGAGACUUAACAAUGAAUGAUUGAGCAUUGACACAAGAUAUAGUUUCUUAAACUUGAAGGUAGGCUUCAAAAGUUAAAAUAAACUGUCAAAUUUGGUUCAGGAGAUACCCACUUUGUUUAGCUGGUGAAAAUAUUGAAUGAGGUUUCGGAUGCUUUGAAGCAAUCCAUUUUUGAGACUAGGUUGAAUUUAGCUAGCCCAGUAACUCAAUUACUGCCACGAGUUUGUAACGUUGGCAGUUUUUUGGCCAGCUAAACAACAAUGCUAUCUCAUAAAGACCAAGAUUCGUAGAUUCGCUCUUUUAAACUCGCUUACUAAACCGUAAGAAAUGUGAAUUUAUGUAAAUAAAAUUGUUUAAAAACUUUACAAGCAAUAUUGGAGAGCGGUUGAUUUUUUAAAGUAAAAAAUUUACGUUUCAUUAAGAAAUGUUGCUAAAUUAUAAACAAGUACUUCUACAUAAAUAACUCUCAUUUAUAAACAGCUGAUUUAGUUAUCAAUCGCUUUGAACUGCAAUUGUCAAGAUAGAACAAGUUUGUAGGUAUAAAUUAGUAUAUAAGUGGAUGUUUUGUACUUUAUUUAUUCUUACAUUUAAAAUAAAUCAAUUUAUUACUGUUA